GUUAACACGCGACCAAUCCGUGGGUCGCUACAAUAUGUUGUGUUCUCAAAUUGGAUCUGAUAAGUUACCGAUCAACAACUCACAAAGUAAGGUACACUAAAGAGAUCAGUGGAACACCAAGGGCCCCGGCACCACGGUGAAAGGUCAAAAAAGUCCAGAUAUUUUUUCCCGAUGCAGAACGAUGCAGGCGGAAAUGUUUACCAGGAUGUUGAAACUGAAACUCCUCAACGCUCUGGCACCGGCAUACUUCUUUAUCGCCACUGCAGUGACCUUCAUUCUGUACUUCUGUUUGUUCAUCCCGACGAUUUUCCAAACUCCUGCAAUGUCGCUGGAGGCGUCGACUGUGUUUCACACCGCGGUUUUCUUAUUCUUAAUGCUGAACGCCUUGGGGAACUAUAUUAUGACUAUAAAGUAUCCCGCUGAGAGUGCAAACGAGAGCGUUAUUCCUAUGUGUUCACCAGACUGCCCGGACAGAGUGGAUGCCCACUACCUUCUCAAUGGCCGCCACUUCUGUAAACUCUGCAAGAAAGUCAUUCUCCGGCGGGACCAUCACUGUUUUUUCACGGGAAACUGCAUCGGCAAUAAGAACAUGCGUUACUUCAUCAUGUUCUGCAUCUAUACUUCAUGCACUUGUUUGUACUCUUUGGUUCUUGGCGUGGCAUUCCUAACAGUGGAGUACUCCAUCUCGUUUGAAAACCCGUUGACUUUCCUGACCCUUUUACCCCUAUCCACAGGUUACUUCUUCAUGGGGGUGAUCUCUGGUCUGCAGCUCUUCCUGGUGCUGAUGCUGUACGUGUGGCUGGGCAUCGGCUUGGUGUGCGCUGGAUUUUGCUGCCAGCAGGUGCUGCUGGUGGCUAGGGGCAAGACCUGGUGUCAGAUGCAGCGCGGUCAGCUGGUGGAGAGUUGCAGCACCUGGAGAGACAACCUGGGGGAUGUUUUCGGCUCUCGCUGGGUUCUAGGGCUCUUCCUUCCUGUUCAGACGGUGGAGGCUAGCUCGGCCGACCAGGCCGGGCAUAAGCAUGACUGAGGAUCCACUGGCAGGGGUGCCGUAACGGGAAGGGGAGGAUUCAGACGAUUCUAAGGGCCCUGGGUCAGGCAGGGGGCCCGGCAGAACCCCAUUCUUUCCUGUAUGGUUUUUAUUUUGGUGCCCGGAGUACAAUUAGCCAGGGGGUCCAGAGACCCUAACCCCAACGUGGGACCUCAACUCUCUGCACAUGAACUGCCUCAACAGUGGUUUAGAACACACUCUUGCUCUCUCUUUUCUCUCUCCCUCUUUUUCACCCUCUCUCUGAGUGUGUCUAUAGGGGGCCUGAGGAGAGGACUCGCUUGUGGAUGGUUUGGUUAUGAAAUAUGGGUAGAAUCAGCAGAGCCCAGAACAAACCUCUCUACAUGAGGCCCGUCAGGGAGACACGUCUGAUGUCGACCAUUACUAGUAUAUAGAGUAGGGAUAUGUAAAGCAUUUAUUUAAAAACAUUACUAAUGGUUAGUUUAUUAUUACUGUAGUUAAUCAUUUAGGUUAGUUUAUUCUUGGCUUCAAAUGGUUAUUUAUCAUAAUGUGAUACUUGUACACCGUGUUGCUUGAACAAUAUGUUUGUCAUUCAGGUUGUUCAAAGUCAAGCUUGCACCGAGUGUUAUGUAUUGGGUUAUUAGGCUGUUAAACAUAUUUAACAAAGUAUAGCCAUUUAUAAACAUUCAUAGAAUAAUUAAACUUUCAAGACAAAAUUAAACCAUAAAAAUGGUUUGUAAUUUAACUCAUCCUCCUUUUAGAUCUUCCUGUUCUAAGAUAGUCCAAAAUCAACAGAUCUCUUGAAAAACACAAGUAUGAUUCUCACAGGCACAAAGUAAAUUCAUGAAAUGACACCAUAACACACAUUCCUAGAAGAACAGGAGCCAUAGCGAUAUAAACCAUUGGUGACUUAGAUUUUACUGUAGUUAUCCUGUCUUUAUUAAAUAAUUCAAAGAAUGGCAUAGCCAUGUAAUCAGCUUAAGAUUUGAGUAUCAUAUUGUUUGAAUACAAUAGCUUAAUACUUCAGACACCAAGUGCAAUUUCAGUAUGUUGUUGCACUGAAUAGUGGUUAUAUAUGGAAGGAAAUCAGUGACAUGUUUUGAAUUUUAAAAGGCAUCGAAUGCUUAAUAUUGAAAUUUAAACACCACAGAAUUAGUUGGUUUUGAAUUCACUUCUUUAAAAUUUAAAUAAGAUUUUUUUUUUCAAUGUGAAAAAAGAUGCAGAUCCAAAAAUGUAAGGUUCAGAAUAUUUUUUUAAGCUUAAAACAUUUGAAUAGAACAAAAAUCAGGGUGCUCAAAUUAGAAUGGUGAAAUUCAGAAGAAAAAAAUCCAGAUGUCCCAAAUUUUGGGGAUCUAAAUUGUACUGCUCGAAUUUGAGCAACCUGAAUUUCAGAAUGUUACAUUUUUGGAUCAGAAUGUGUUUUCACAUAAAUAAAUAAAAAUAGUAAUAUUUCAAUUUCAAAGAGGUGAAUUCAAAACCAACAAAUUCUGUGGUGUUUACAUUUCAAUCUUAAGUAUUCAAUGCCUUUUAAAAUUCAAAACAUUAUGUCACUGACUUGCCUCCAUAGUUAAGUGAAGUUGUUGAUGACACUUAUAAUAUUCAGAGAGAAUUAUUAGUAUCAUUCUAGGAUUUUUUAAUAUACGACUUCUAGAGUAUGAUGGCUAUCUCUCCUGCUGUACUGUGGUUGCAUCACACGGGUACUGGGUCCAAUAUCGCUGCUUUUUGUACUGUAAACAGAGUAAAAUCCAAAUCUAUGAUUAUCAACAUUCUGGCAUCGUUUCUGUGAACUGUUCUUCAAAGUGUUUUGUUGAAGUGUAUGUCUGCUUGGUGUAAAAAGAAUACACUUACCACCCAAGGGCUGUUAAGAGAAUAAUACUUCACUGAAGGGAAACUUCCUUAAAAGCUUUGUAGACACAGAUUGCCAGGAUGGAAAAUAAUUUCUUUUAAACAAAAUUGAGCAGUUUGAGCUGGAAUCAGAUUGCACAUUUUCUACCCCAAGUAUACAACUAAUACAACAUAAUAAAGGGAUGUUAGAUGUCUGACAAUUAUUUAAUAUAUAUAGUUCAUCCCUAUUUUACUCACCUUAUAUAGAUAUUUAUUGGAUAGAGGGUUCAAGCUAGGAUAAUGCUUUUAAUGUGCCAAACAGUCGAGUACUGCCUGACAGUACAACAAACAGAUCCAAAGAUAGUGAGUUAUCCUGUAGACAAAGGUCAUUAAAGAACUGGAACUAAACACUUUAAAUAUUACAUAGACAUAUUAAACUGUAUUAUCUCAAUGUCAUUUAUGUUUUUGUGCAGAAUUUCAAAUCGAUUGUUGAGCUAUUUCGUCUAUUCUGU